AUCUCAAUAAAUAUUACCUCAUCGAGUGGUGUCUCUAUCUUGCUUGCCUGAGACACGUAACUGUGCUGGAAUGCUGCCACUUUAUCGCCUAGCCCUUUAAGCUUCGGUGGUAAGGUUAGACUUAAAAAAUCUGCUUUCCUUAGCUUAAACGAGAGCUCAAAAUAAUUUCUUCCAAUUUCCAAAAAAAAAAAAAAAAAAGAACUCAGCCAAUUUCAAGCUUUCCUUCAUCACUUGUGAAUCCAAAUUGAAGUGCAGACGAUGAGUGGUGUUUAUCAUCACAACCACCAAGGGCCCUAUUCUCCACCAGGGUAUGCACCAACUCCUGGGGACUACCCUUCAGCGGUGCCGCCACCACCAGGGUUCUUCAGUGAUGGCUUCCCUCCACCACCUCCGCCUCCGGGGCCUCCUGGCUAUCAAGGGUAUUUCCGUGAUGAUUAUCCUCCACCACCACCUCAACAUAUCUACCACCAGUCUUGGGAUAAUUACCACGGUGAUGCUUUCUGCCCUUCAUGUUUGAGAAGCUGCUUGGCAAUUCUCUGCUGUUGUUGGAUAUGGGAUAGGUGCUGUUGGUACUAAUCAAAGGGAUUCUGUUGAUUAUUAUGGACUCCCAAAUUGCCAAAAGAAGAAAUAAGAAUCUGGAGAAAAAAAAUGUUUUUAAUUUCAAAAGAAUUGUGUAAGUUUGAGGACUUUGAUUUUUUCUUCAUUUCUUUAUUUGUGUCCCUGUUUCCUCUCAAUUCAUGUCAUCAGAAAAUUUUAGAAACAGACUGUGAUAGGUAAUGUUGGGCUGAUUAAGGCGUGAUUGUCCUUGCCACGGCAGUCACAAAGGUAUAGCUAGCUGCAUCAAGUCAAACCAAAUAAAUAAAUAAAUAAAUUGAUUCAGAAGCUUCA